UGCUUAAACGUAUUUCAUUAGGUAUUAGACAAACUUCACAAUCCAAUAAAUAUUACCUACAUGUUGAGUGAUCUACUUACAAUCUAGGAAGUAAUUAGUGUCAUGAACGGCAGAAAUAGGAUAUAGGAUAUAUAGGAGUGUAGAAGACAAAGUUGCAGAAGUGAGAGUGCCAUGGCGGGGACCAAGUUAAAAGUGUAUAAGUUCAUACGGCGACGGUUACCUAUACUCCAAUGGGCCCGUGAGUAUACCUUACAGAAGUUUGUGUGUGAUACAAUUGCAGGUAUUACGGUCGCACUAACUGUAAUGCCCCAAGCGCUUGCCUACGCUACAUUGGGAGGUUUGGAACCGCAGUAUGGUUUGUAUUCGUCAUUUGUGGGAUGCUUUGUAUACAUUUUCUUUGGAAAUUGUAAGGAUAUAACGAUAGGGCCUACGGCUCUGAUGUCACUAAUGACGUACCAGCAGGUGCUGAAUAGAAAUCCGGACUAUGCGGUUCUUCUUUGCUUUUUAUCUGGAGUUGUUCAACUAUUAAUGGCUGUGCUCAACUUGGGUAUCCUCGUUGAUUUUAUAUCAAUUCCGGUGACUGUGGGAUUUACCUCGGCUACCUCAGUAAUAAUCGCAGUCUCCCAAUUCAAAGGACUGCUUGGAUUAAGUUUCAGUUCGUCAGGAUUUUUGGACACCUUGGUGAAGGUUUACGAAAACAUUCACGACUCACGCGCUUCCGACUGUAUUUUAAGCGUCAUUUGCGUUACGGUGCUCAUAGCUUUAAAGAAAAUGAAGGACGUGAAGAUUUUCAAGGGAUCUAGACACGAAAAGUUCAUAUCUCGAACGCUUUGGUUAAUAUCAACCGCCAGAAAUGCCUUAGUGGUGAUCACGUGCUCGGUGAUCGCCUACUGCUACGAGUCAUCCGGUACCUCAUCGCCCUUCCUCCUCACCGGCAGUAUAAAACCAGGUCUUCCAAGCUUCCAGGUGCCACCAUUUGAAACGACACUGCACAAUAAGACAAUUCCUUUCGCCGAUAUGUUUACUGAUUUAGGCUCAUCGGUGUUUCUAGUUCCCAUUAUCGCGGUUCUAGGAAAUGUCGCCAUCGCCAAAGCUUUCGCUGCCGGUCAAGGGAUCGACGCCACCCAAGAGUUGUUCACGCUGUCACUGGCGAACAUGUUCGGAUCAUUCUUCUCAUCAAUGCCCGUUACCGGCUCAUUCUCAAGAUCGGCAGUAAACCAUGCCAGUGGAGUUCAGACGCAAUUAGGAGGACUGUACACAGGAAUCCUCGUCAUAUUGGCGCUCAGUUUCUUGACGCCCUAUUUCGCGUUUAUACCCAAAUCUUCGCUUGCGGCAGUCAUUAUUUGCGCGGUCAUUUUUAUGAUCGAGUACGAAAUUGUGAAACCUAUGUGGAGGUCCAAUAAGAAAGAUAUAAUUCCAACGUUUGCCACGUUUAUUUUGUGCCUUAUUGUCGGCGUCGAGUAUGGAAUAUUGCUAGGGGUCGGCAUCAACAUGAUCUUCAUCCUGUAUCCGUCUGCAAGACCGUCGAUAACCCUCAGAAAUGUUAUCACCGCCGAUGGGCUUGAGUACAUUUUAAUAACACCAGGGAGCAGUUUGUACUUUCCCGGAAUAGAAUUCAUUAAAUCCAACAUCGGCAAAGCGGGGCUGAAAUCUUUGCAUCUUCCAGUAGUUGUGGAUUGCCGUCACAUCUUAGGUGCCGAUUUUACGGCGGCCAAAGGAAUUGCGGCCUUAAUGAAAGAGUUCUUCUCGCGAAAACAAUCCCUUUACUUUUUAAAUCUACACGACGAUGUUAUCGGGGUUCUAAAAGGGGCCGCAGUGGACGAUUUUCGACAUUUUAAUUCGACUGAAGAAUUAGAAAACUCCUUAAAAAGUCAUAGAUUUGAGAAUAACGAAACGUCACAUUUAUUGCUCGAUGUCGAAACACACAAAGACAGAGAUUUGGAUUUACACUCUGUUGGGAAUGGAACGGCUGUUUUAAAUCAUCGUCGAAUAAAUUAGUAUUGUCUCUGUCGGUCCAAUAUUAUCAGUAUUGUAAUAUUUAUUAAGUAUUAUUUGUAUAUAAUCUUUGAAUAUAUAAACUUUCUGUAUA